AUACACUGAUGCUCAUCCGCGUAAACGUCGCAUGAUUAUGGAUAUGGAAGUAUUCAAAAAGCAUGCCGAUGCUCAAAUACGUAAUGAUCUUGUCGAUUGUCAGUUUGACAUUUGUUCAGUAGAG